AGGUAGGGGGAUUGGCUGUGGAUUUGUCAUGUCACAGAGGGUCUUUGUGACGUCACCGCAGUCCUAGCCAACCGGACUUCUAAGAAGAACAGCUAGCCCCCAACCCACCUCGUACGCAGACGGUCUAGGAGGGAACGGGAAUCACCUGGCCGAAAUUCAGAAGAUGGAUCCAAGAUGUGAGGCUAUUAGAAUUUAAAACCUGGCAAAAACUGCUUAUGAGAAGUGAAGAGAGGUGCUGCCCAGUGAUGUUUCCUCACCAUCCAGUAUGUAAAGAUGAAGGCUAUCAAAAGUUUUUGACUUUGGCAGUAAUCAGUAAAUCAGAGGUCGAUGCUUUUACUCAGCAGCCUUUAAAUACAAUGAGUGAAGGAGAUGCCAUUUCCCUCAGCAAUGCUUCUCUGCAGUUGACCCACCGAGAUUCUCUUAAUGUUGAAAGCAGCAGUACAGCUUCAGAGAUCUCUCAGGGCUAUAAGACAACUACCGCCAUCUCUGUGCAGCCUCCCUAUGUCUUGUUGAUCUCAAGCACAAGUGAGAGGAAGCAGGGUUUGCGUGCCCAGAACGUUUUCCUCACCCCCAUACAGGAUGAAAUACAGAAUGCGAAGAGGAAAGGGAAUCCUGGCUGUAGACUCUACAAAGGAGAUCAUCUUUUUGAGCCAGAGUUGGAAAAUUUGAUAUACAAUUUUGAAGACUCUUCACAGAAAGUCUUGACACAAUUAUGUGAUACAAGAACAUGCCUUAGCAACAAGGACUCUCUGUAUGUAGCAGACUGGAAGGAAUCCUCAGAUAAUGAAAGAAUAUUGUUCCCCAGGGAGGAAUCAUUAUCCAAAGAAGAAUCAACACAACACAGCAAAAUGCUGGACUGGUCAAAGGAAAGCUUCAUUACUGGAAAAGACUUAAUUAAAAAAGCAUCAUGGGAAACUGAGAAUGAGGAAGUUUCACUGGCAAAAGAAUUGUUACCUCUGGAAGACGAUCCAUUUGUGAUAAUGGGGGAGUCAUUGCUGGAGUGCAUUGUUAAGGAAUCCCCCAUAAAAGAAGUGUCCUAUUUUCUCACUCAACCCACAGGCUCUUUAAUUAAGAAAAAUCCGUGUUUUGUUACUGAACAAUUAUUUUUCAGAGAGGACAACUUUAACUUGACUGGCAAAGCAGCCAGUCAUGAAGAAAAUAUGACAGCCACUGAGCAACAUGUUGACUGUGCAGAGAAUUUGAAGGAUAUUUCUCCAGUCUCUUUGGAUGAAAACAUUGAAUAUAUUCAAGCUCUGAUGAAAUCAAAUAGACUCAUGAAAGAAAAUAUCAAGAGCAACUUAUUACAUUGUUGCAACAAAGAGGAAAGUGUUGGCGGCAGCCUUCUGUCUGAGUCUGGAGCACGUAUAUCUGAGAAGUCUUUAUUCCAGUCUUCUGAGAAGUCACUCAAUGGCCAAGAAGAAUGCAAGCAAGGGGACAGAGGAAUUCUCCCAUCUUAUAGUACAAGAAGUCACUGCCUGAGUCCCUAUGAAGCAUCCUUCAAUAUGUAUGAGACAAAAAACUCGGAGGUUGGCCCAGAGAAAUGGCUAUUUCAGGUGGGGGAUGUGGACUUGAAUGAGGUCAUCAAGGGAUUAGAACAGGACCAGCAAAUGCAGCAAACCCAAAUCAUGGAUCUUCAGUAUGAUAAUAUUUUUUUGGAGAAGAAGAUUAAAGAAAUAGAGAAGCUGCUGCUUGAAGAGGGGAGUAUGGAUUUGGAUGAGGUCAUGAAGAAAGUAGAACAGGACCAGAAGAAACAGCAUACCCAAAUCAUGGAUCUUUACUAUGAUAACAUUUCUCUGGAGACUAAGAUUAAACAGCUAGAGGUGGAAAUUGUCCAGCAGCAGCAUUUUAUAGAAACCAUAAACAAGCUGAAGAAGAACAUCGAAGAUCUAAUUGAAGCAAAGGACAAGAUCACUGUGGAGAAGACUGAGACUGACAGCUGCCUGAAGAAUGUGCAGGAGGCUUUAUCCAGUGCCAGGGACCAUCUUGAGGAAGCUGGGGCUGAAAGAAAAGCCCUUCUGCUGCAGCUGGAAAAACUUAAAACUGAUUAUAGUCUCCUUCAGGAAAAGCAUGAGGCAGAGAUGGAGCAGAAGACCAAAUCUACGACCCAGUGCUUACAGAUGGAUCAGACUAUACGCAGGAAAGAGCAAGAAAUACAAGAGCUGCGGCAUCUUAAACAAAAACUGGAUCAUGAGGCCAAGACUGCCACUUCCACCUUGCACAGACUUAGGGAAGAAAAGGAGAAUGCAGAGAAACAACUCCUGUCCCUUCAGGCAGAACUUCAGAGACAGAAAGACGACUGGCUGGCAGAAAGGCAGCAGUUGGAGUCCAGAUAUAACAAGCUGGUUGCUCAGAUUAAAAUCUUGCAAACAGAAUCUGAAAACGAACGGGCUGAAACAGAGAAAAUGCAACAACGGAUCAGUGCAUUCAAAAUAGAGAACCAAGAGCUUCAGCAACAGGUAGCGAAAGACAGAGAGCAAAAUCAUUUUCUCCAGCUUGAAACUGACAGGUGGAAAGAACAGUAUGACAAAAUCAGGGAGUCACAAAUAGUAAAGGAGCAGAUGCAGUAUCAAAUGAUCCAGAGGCUCGGACAUAAAAUUGGCAUACAGAAGGAAGAACUAAGGAAGAAAGAAGAAGAAAUAGAGUGGAAGAUGCACAUUCUGAGGAGGUUUCUUCUGGAUAUGAAGUCGAUGCAUUCUGAUUUAAUCCAGAAAAACCUCCACAGUGAAGAAGACCAUUUCAGUUCUCCAUAUGUGCAGCGAGCAUCCCAGCUUCUAUCUAAAAUUCGCAGCCUUCUGUCCCUCACAGAGGGACUACUUACCUGCCAGGACAUGGAUUCUACCAUCGAAUAUUCCAAGAAGAGUGAAAUUAUUACUGAAUUGGGAGAAAAAAUGAAGAACGUCACCCUUAAAAAGAAAACCUUGGAGAAAGAGUUACAGAAACACAGGGAAAGCAUAGCAGCCAUGAGAGAGUUAAUUAUUCAUGAGAAAGCUUCCCAAGAUCAAGUGACUGAGGAUGCAGGUGCUGGUCAAGAGGAAACUGGGAGUGGCACAGAACUGCUUGAUUUGCUGAGAACAAAACUGGGUGAAUACCAUAAGCAAAGUGAUGACCUCCAUUGCCAGAUUACAAAACUGGAAAACCAUCUGGCGCUAAAGGAAGAAGAAUGUAAGAGACUCACAGGAGAAAAUGAGAAGCUUAAAGGAGAUUUGGGUAGCUUGACAUGCAAGGUAACAUCAUAUGAGGAAAUUAUUGAAUGUGCUGACCAAAGGCUUGAGAUAGCAAGUUCCCAGAUAUCAUAUUUAGAGAAAAGAAACAAGCAUCUGGAAGAUUUAAUAAAGAAGUUCAAAAUGAAAGCCAGAAAGCUGAGGCAAAGAUGUUGGUCUGCUUUUCCAAAAGCCACGACUGAGGGUCAAGAUGUUCAAAAAUCAAAUGGAAAUAAUGUAGAUACUAAAGAACAGAAGAUGAAAUAUUCUCUCUAUCACUGUCAGAGCAGUAAAUUGCAUGUGUUCAAGUGAUGUAUUAAAGUUAAUGCAAACCAUGGACAAAACACUAUUCAUUU